UCCGCCCCUGAAAUUCGCCGACUGCGGCGGACAAUGUGUCCGUGAACUCGAGUAGUUGAGUAAAUAAAAAAAAAGGUUGAGAAGUAAAGGGAAGCGAAAAGGUCACCGGAGAACGAAAGAGACUGCGAGGACGAGGACGAGGACGAAAAAGAGUUGAAAGAAAGAGGAGAUCAAUGACUCUGGGUCUGAUCAAUGCUAACCCAAUCGUCCACGCUAAGAAGGAAAGGGUCGCCCGAUGCGAAGAUCCCCACUGCGACGACGCCGUCGAUCCACUCGAUAUCUAUGAUAUCCUUUCUUUCUUUUCUUACCCCCGCAAAUCGCUUCUCAUUUCCUGAUGUGGGUUUCCCUUUGAUUGGAUUGAGUCGUGCAAUUUUCUGUCUGUUUCUUUCCUUUUUGUCAUGAACUGAUUCCGAUUAGUGGGGAACUGAAAUGGCGAUCCUUGACUAAAAGUUGACAAAUUUCGUGAGGGAUAUUAGAGAUCCAGAGCACCCGUAUUCACUGGAGCAGCUCAGUGUAUUGUCGGAGGAAUCCAUUACAGUUGAUGAUAAGCUGGGUCGCAUCCUGAUUACAUUCACCCCCACCAUUCAGCAUUGCAGCAUGGCGACUGUAAUUGGUCUAUGCCUUAGAGUGAAGCUACAAGAAUGUUUCCCUCCUCAUUACAAGGUUGACAUAAAAGUUUCCCCUGGAUCUCAUGCAGAUGAAGAAGCAGUGAAUAAGCAGCUAAAUGACAAGGAAAGAGUUGCUGCUGCCUUAGAGAAUCCUAAUCUCCGCCAACUCGUCGAUGAGUGUCUUUACUCAAAUGAGCUGUGAGCCUGUGACCCUACAAAUAUUGAUGGAACUUAAACUGCCUUCCAAAAGUUGUUGUACAGAGUAACUCCUGAGGCCUGAAUGCUGAUAAGUUGUAGUGUAGCAUUAGCGUGUAACUACUGAAGAUGAAUGAUGUUAAAAGUUGUGGCAUAGUAUAACUACCAAGCAUGAUUACUGCUAAGUUUUAGAACCGUGUUUUAACUACUGAAUAUGAAUGCUGUUAAGUUGUGAUGCAGUGCUUUUAUCUU